AGCCCUGGGGGAGUCACUACCAUUGCAGCCCUACCCAGAGGUCCUGGGUCCACCCUCCCUCGUCAAUGCUCCCCAGGGUUCCAGAGAUGGCCACCAGCCUCGGCUCUCCCACGUCUACACCCAUCACCUCCAGCCUGAGGGCGCAACUGAGAGGAACUGAGACCCAAGCAGCUCAGUAAAGGCCCCGCGGCGAGGGCAUCGGCUCUCGCCGGCGGAUGACGAGCUGUAUCAGCGGACGCGCAUCUCUCUGCUGCAACGCGAGGCCGCUCAGGCAAUGUACAUCGACAGCUACAACAGCCGCGGCUUCAUGAUAAACGGAAACCGCGUGCUCGGCCCCUGCGCUCUGCUCCCGCACUCGGUGGUGCAGUGGAACGUGGGAUCCCACCAGGACAUCACCGAAGAGAGCUUUUCCCUCUUCUGGUUGCUGGAGCCCCGGAUAGAGAUCGUGGUGGUGGGGACUGGAGACCGGACCGAGAGGCUGCAGUCCCAGGUGCUUCAAGCCAUGAGGCAGCGGGGCAUUGCUGUGGAAGUGCAGGACACGCCCAAUGCCUGUGCCACCUUCAACUUCCUGUGUCAUGAAGGCCGAGUAACUGGAGCUGCUCUCAUCCCUCCACCAGGAGGGACUUCACUUACAUCUUUGGGCCAAGCUGCUCAAUGAACCGCCAGGAACUGACCUGCUGACUGCACUCUGCCAGGCUUCCCAAUGCUUUCACUCUUAUCUACCCUUUGGCACUUAAUCUUGCUUAUCAACAUAAUAAUUUAUACACUUCUCCCA